AUGCAGUUAACAAGAUCAGCAGCUCCAUAUCUAAAUUUCCGUCUUGUUUUAUUAUUAAUCUUCCCUUGUUUUUCAUUCUUCCUUUUUUUAUCUCUUUCUUCCACUAAUAAUAUCUUUUCGACUUGUACCCCUCUCACAAACUUUCUUUCUAACCUCUCAUCAUCGUAUGCAUUACCUCCUCUUCCACCCAUAUCAAAUUCUUCCGAUAGUAGUAGUAAAUCGGUGUCGGAUUCGACUCGGUUGAGAAAAGAAGAUACGAAAAAGAAAGAGUUAUUACGGUCAAGAAUUGCUGUGUGUUUAGUUGGUGGAGCAAGAAAAUUCGAACUCACUGGACCUUCAAUAAUAGAGAAUGUAUUGAACGUUUACCCUAAUGCAGAUCUUUUCUUAAAUUCUCCAUUAGAUAAAGACUCGUUCAAGUUUUCAAUUCUCAAAGACAUUACUCCCAGAAUCGCUUCGAUUCGCAUUUUUAAACCAACUAAGCUAAACGAGACUGAUUUUCACCGGCGCGUCUUCACUCCGAACGGUUCUCCUCACGGAAUACAGGGUUUGCUUCAAUACUUCAGCCUUGUUGAAGGUUGCCUAACACUGAUCAACGCAUUCCAGAUACAGAAUAACUUUACCUAUGACUGGAUCGUCCGAACCCGAGUAGAUGGCUACUGGAACGCUCCACUUUCCCCAGAUAACUUCUUACCGAAUGAUCAUUACCUAGUACCAUCAGGUUCAAGGUAUGGUGGACGCAACGAUAGACUCGGAAUCGGUAAUCUCAACACUUCAAAAGUCGCACUAUCUCGGUUUUCUUUGAUACAACAACUAGACGCAGCAGGGUUUCGUCAACUCAACUCGGAGACUGCUUUCAAAGCUCAACUUACUUCUCAAGGUGUAAAGUUCUUUGAAAAUCGCCUUCCUUUCUGCAUAGUAACUGCUCACAAGUUCGAGUUUCCACCGUCUCGGUAUGGUCUCCCUGUUGCAGCAAUGUCAAGCCCGGGUCCACUCAGCGGGGCAUAUUGUAGACCAUGUACACUCGUUUGUGCUGGUCCAUGCGUGGCUGAUAUUAUGGAGAUUCUAGCAAUAGGUUGGGGUAGGCUUAACGCGGAAAAUGGAACGGUUCAGCUUUGUAAUGCUCAUGGUGAGUGGGAAUCCGGCUGGGAGAAUAAUUUUGACCGAUUUGCAGGAGAGAAGCUCGCGGAGCUAAGGAAACGAGUUAUGGAGUUGAAAUUCGAAAAAUGUGUGCAAGAUUUUGAUGAGAUGAAGGAACGGACGGUUAAUUGGGAUGCUCCAGCUGCUAAACAGAUUUGUGGAAUUGCUUUAAGACAUUAG